AAACAUUUUGAACUGACAUUUUAUCGAAUAUUCACUCAACUUUAAAUUGUUCAUUUCGGUAAAAAGUAUACAUAAGAUAUCUAAAAAUCAUGGAGUCGAAGACAGCGAAAUCUCCAAGCAUCACACAGGUAGACAUCCUGCUGACUGGAUCCAGAUACGUUGGUCCCAGUGAUGAGUUGGGCUUGCAGGAAAUGGGUGUCUACAUCUAUCCGGAUGGCACACGCUACACGGGAGAGUUCCUUAACAAUCGUUUCCACGGAAAGGGCACCAUUCAAACACCGGAUUCUUCGGGAGUUACCUUCCAAGUUACCCAUCACAAUGGCAAACUGGUCUCGAUCGAUCAGUUGAACUUCAAUGAUGGCCUGCCCAUGGACUUCAAUAUGAAGGAUGAUUACACGAUGAGUUUCAAGCCCUGGUCGUAUUGCACCGCAGAGGAUCGCCGAUUCCACCAGGAGACCAAGGGACCGAUGGAUGCUGUCGGUCCCAAUAAGUUCCAGUCCAAGGACGGACCGAAUCCUCUCAACCUGGGUCGCAACAUCUUCGAUCUGGGCUUCGGACUGCUGGGCAAUCGUGGCUUUAUGUUGGACACUAAGGCGUUUAACAACCAGAGUAUAUAUCUAGGAUGUCGCGAGGCCCGUCGCUGGAUCCGGGAGAACUGUGCCCAUGGACCGCUGAGCAAGCGUCACCUCAAGCAGAAGGUAUUGGCCCGUUUUGCCCGUGAGAUCAUCCGGAACAAUCAGGAGAAUGCAGGCUGCAGUCGCAAGGAGUUCAUGACCGAAAUCCACCCUUGCCAGCGGCCCACUAGCUUGGAGAGCUUCGGUUCGGAGCGUCUCCAUCUGGGCAGCACCACGGACUCCACCUCCUCGGAGGUGCAGGCCAUGAGGUUGCGUCCUAAGGACUUCCAUGCCAAGUGGACAAGAGAGCGGAGCGAGAGCGGCGUGUGUCGCAUCAACUGAUUGAGACUGAGAUCCUUUGAGUUUUCGUUACUUUCGCUUCCAUUUUUCAUGUGGCCUUAAAUUAAUAUUAUAUAUUGUAAAUCGUUGCUUGACCCACUUUCUGUGACCAACGCCUCGAUGUUAGGAGCUCAAGAUUUAUGGCCAAAGCGCGAAAACUGCAGCCGAACAUGGAAAUCCACUUAGGCCUAAAGGCGUGUGCUUUCGUUUUUGUUACUAGGUCAUCCAUCGGUUCCAUGGCGGCAUUGAACCUCAGCUCAAAUGUUACCUUAAACCUGGAAAAUUCUGAAAAAUUGAGGCCUAGGCCACCGGCACAGCGGGUAAUGAACCCAUAAUCGCCGAACAUUAUGCUACACGUGCACGG